AUGCCGAGUCAGAACACUGAAAAUCCAUUUCCGGGACAAACACCCCAGGUAGUCCAUCUACGGGCCGGGGAUCUCGGUUCUGGAGUACAUGUCGCGCAACAAUUUAUACAAUUACCUAUUACAGUAGCCGAAAAAUCAUCGUACCUCAGAGCACGCAUACCUUCGUCAUCUAAACAUGGCGAUACCAUCGUUGUCGGAGUGCCUGUCGUCGAGCCUGCAGCUCUCAAACUCUACGCUUGGUGGCUCCAGUUCGGAGAUGCGCCUCUCUUCCUACAUGACGAGACUGGCCCUGUUUCGCAGCCACGUCGCAGCCUCAUCUGGCGCGAGUGUUUCGAUCUAAUACAAGCACAUAUCCUUGGAUCGAGGUUCGACGACGCGAACUUCCAGCGGUACAUACUUGGCCAGUUUGAUCAAUGGCUUGCACCGCAACAAGAGCCUGAUCUUGAGCUUCUUGACUACCUGUGGGAGAUAGAAAGGGCUUUUGUAGGCGAAGAGCUAUUGUGUUUCGUUAUGGGUCAUAUGUUUCAUAUGGAGGCGAGUAGGGUGAGGGUGCUGGUGGCGUGGAUGACGGGGUUGAAUCGAGGGAGGCGAAUGAUGGACUCCAUCGAGGGUACUGGGAGUUCUCGGAGACAAGAUAUAGGAGCAAGCACCACGCGGACUCGAAAAGCUUCAGAUACUUAUCCAAACCAGAUGGAAGGAGCUGGACAAGAAGCAGCCUCGAGAUCGGUAACGGAGGAAGUCGCGGCUGCGCAAAGGACCUUAGGACGCGAACCGGUAUAUCGCGACAAGACGCCAUGCUCUUUGUACGGUGAAGCUAGAUCAGAAAUACGGCAUCCUCCAUAUACCAUCCAGUGGGUCUCCGAUGGUGUGGUCGCAGCCCCGAUGAGCCGGAGAUCGCAAUACAGGAAAGAUGCGCCUGCGCCGAGGCCAGGUUCUCUUGCAAUCCCCCGCAAGCCAACACGACUCGCAAGGAUGCAAUCAUCUUCACAGGACCAGUUCGGUCACUUGCCUCAAGCUCUGAGGCUUCAUCCGAAAGCACUUGCAAGCAUCGCCAAUACUAACAUGCAUGCGGAGCUGGAGAGGCAGCGCACCUCUAGUCCACAUCUACCACCAUCACCAAGUCUACACCCCGUGAUUAGAGAAGGUCUGGCAAAUAGUGCGACAGAACCAGGGCCGCAGGAGAAGCAUCCCGAGAUGCGGGGAGGCGCAUACAGCAUCGCCUCCUUGGGAGGCAACAUUAGGACAAUCGCAGCAAUCCCCGACACAUCCCUCCAGCUCCUCGACUUCUGGACCGACCCAUCUCCCUCUGACCUCCCUGGCCCGAACUUCUGGGCCGACCUUCCCACCGACACCAGGCCACCAGUUCCUCCUAAAGACAAGCCCGCAGCCUUCCCAUCUGCACGAUUUCCUCCCUUGUCCCCUCCCUACAGCCAAAGCCCGACUACGAAACAAUUCAUCCAAUCCUUUACCCUCACACGCACACCUACGCCGCGCCGCCGCGCCACACGCUCCUGGUCGGUUGCCUCUAUUCGCUCGCUCGAGGCGGAGGAGCCUGUUCGCAAGAGGAGUGUGAUCGACAGGCCAGGACGCGGCUUGAUCAGCAGGCGGCCCGUUCCAGAAGGAGGGCUGAAGUUUUUGAGUAAGUACAUGGAUGGGGAAAGGCUGAAGAGGAUUGUUAGUGUCAAUAGUAGACCGAGAAGAAUGGAUUUUGCGAGGGGCAGUGGAAGCAGAGAUGGAGAUGAGGUGUGGGAGAGGGGCUGGGAGGUGAGGAGGCCUGGGACGGCGUAG